CUCAUAUCUUGAUUAAGACCAUAUCAUCGACGAAAAGCGAGGGCUUAUUUUCGAGACCGACCACACCAAACACCACCACCAAUCAUGUCGAACGUCUCUGAGCCAGAGUUCGAGCAGGCCUACAACGAGUUGGCGUCUACCCUGGAGAACAGUACUCUGUUCGAGAAGAACCCAGAAUACAAGAAAGCUUUACAGAUCGCUGCUGUGCCAGAACGUGUCAUUCAAUUCCGAGUUGUGUGGGAGGAUGAUAAAGGAAACUGCCAGGUCAACAACGGCUUCCGCGUCCAAACACGCAGCCUGAUGGUGGCCUGUCUGUGCCAUCAAAGACUGCACAUCAUGCCAAAAUGCCUUGACGGGGCUUCAAUGGGAGGUGGUAAGGGAGGUGCCGAUUUCGACCCCAAGGGCAAGUCGGACAACGAGAUCCGGAAGUUCUGCGUUGCGUUCAUGCGUGAGCUGAACAAACACAUUGGUGCGGACACGGAUGUUCCGGCUGGGGAUAUUGGUGUGUCGCCUCGAGAGAUUGGGUGGAUGUUUGGGACUUAUCGGCAGGAGAGGAAUCGAUGGGAGGGGGUUUUGACUGGGAAGGGGGGUGCUUGGGGUGGGAGUUUGAUUCGACCGGAGGCUACUGGGUAUGGUCUUGUUUACUACGUCCAGCAUAUGAUUCAGUACGCGUCUGGUGGUAAGGAGUCCUUCCAGGGCAAGCGCGUCGCCAUCUCCGGAUCCGGAAACGUCGCACAGUACGCCGCUCUCAAAGCUAUCGAGCUUGGCGCUACUAUCAUCUCCCUCUCCGAUUCUAAGGGCGCCAUCAUCGCCAAGGACGACAAGGGCUUCACGCCAGAAAUCGUAAACUACAUCGCAGCCCUCAAGGUCAAGAGAAAGUCUCUCACCGAGCUCUCCGAGAGCAAAGAAUACAAGGAUAAAUUCGAAUACAUCGAGGGUGCCCGUCCAUGGAAGCACGUCGGCAAAGUUGACGUGGCUCUACCAUCUGCAACCCAAAACGAAAUCUCCGGCGACGAAGCCGAAGCCCUUAUCGCUGCGGGAUGCAAAUUCAUAGCCGAAGGUUCCAACAUGGGCUCAACGCAAGAAGCCAUCAACAUCUUCGAGAAAGUCCGGAAGGAGAAGAAGGGCGAAGGGAUCUGGUACGGACCCGGAAAAGCCGCGAACGCAGGCGGUGUUGCGGUUUCGGGUCUCGAAAUGGCACAAAACUCCGCUCGUGUGUCGUGGACUUCUGAGGAAGUUGAUGCGAAGUUAAAGGGGAUCAUGGAGAAUUGUUUCCAAAACUGUCUCAAUACCGCCAAGGAGUAUGUGAAAGCUGAGGAUGGAGAACUUCCUUCUCUUGUUGCUGGGGCGAAUAUUGCGGGUUUUGUUAAGGUUGCUGGGGCGAUGAGGGAUCAGGGUGAUUGGUGGGCUUAUUGAGUCAAAUUGAUCGCGAAUGGAUUAUGCAUGUACCCAAUUACACACUAUACGAUACAGCGAUGAAAGGAAACGACACAGCGGCAAUGGGGUAGAAAAAGCGCUUGCUCUUGAUUCAUCGUGAGAUUCCAAACUAGGAUUAUAUUUUAUCGGCUGGUCUGGUAUGUAGUAAAGUAAAGUUUUAUACAAAACGAGAAAUGAAUAUCAUCAUGUACAAC